UUAUACUUGUAGUUGGGAAGCAAAAUUGAUUAAUUUCACUAUUCAUAGUGGCUGUAAAUAUGCCUGGCAUAAAAAAUGGUAGUUUGCUGUGGUAUUAAAUCCUACAUUUUUCAAAGCCAGCCCACGUUCAGUUAAGUAAUUCCUAUCAUACUUUUCUUCAGGGACAUGUACUAAAGUAAUACGGAUGCAAAGGAAUAGACUUACCGGAUGCAAUGCGGUACAUCUGUAGUAGAACUAGAGAACAUAGACAUUUCUAGAUCUUCCUGGCCCUAGAAUUAUAAAUUGUAGUCUGACAUGAUGCUGUGUAAUGGUGAAACUUUGCCAGGAGGUUGUUAGGGGCUCAUUCACUGUGUCGUGCAGUGUAAGUGGGAAGCUGGAGAGGACAGAGCUGUGCCACCCGUAAUCGUAAAAUACAAUGGGCUUCCUCUAUGCUGUGUUAAGGUAUGUGCUGGAAGCCAGACCUCACAGUUUUUAUGUAUGUCUGUAAGCAUGGUGGGUAGCUUUUAUAUUUUAAUGGUAACUGUCGUGAGAGGGAGAGGCAAGAUUUUCUUAUAGCAUUAAUAGGAUUUCUAAUUUUGCUUUGGAUGGUAACUUCUGCAAAUGAGCUGCGAGACCUAAGAUCUCUCUCACUGACUAGCUCAGUGAAGGGCUCACAUGCGGGGGGAAAAAACCCACAAACUUGCAAGGUGUGUGCCAGGACUUGAAUGCUGCUGUUCUCCCUUGCUGAGAACACGGGAGGCCGUAGGUUGGAUCCCCAGAGGUGAAGGAAAGGAACUGAACUCUUUGGUGGGACUUGUGCUGAGGAAUAAUGUUUCCAACAUGUCUGGGCAGUCACUGCUUUGUGAAAGAAUUGCUGUUGCCGAAGAAUUGAUCAAGAGAGCAGAAGCCCUUUCCAAGUCCCAGAAAAGGAGAAUAGAAGGUGGGGCAAAACUAUGUGGCAAACUGAAGGCUGAGCUAAACUUCUUGCACAAGGUGAAGGCAGGAAAGGUGGCCAUUAAAGAAUCCCAUCUGCAGAGUACAAACCUUACCCAUCUCCAAGCCAUUAUCCAGUCAGCAGAGAACCUGGAGGAUGUUGUCAGUGUCCUCCACGUCUUUGCUUAUGAGGAUAGGUUUGGAGACAAACAGACACUGGUGGUAGAUGUUGUUGCAAAUGGAGGUCACACAUGGGUGAAGGCCAUCGGUCGGAAGGCUGAGGCUCUCCAUAACAUCUGGCUGGGGAGAGGCCAAUAUGGUGAUAAAAGCAUCAUUGAGCAGGCAGAGGACUUCCUGCAAGCAAGCCAUCAGCAGCCAGUGGAGUACAGCAAUCCCCAUAUAAUCUUUGCGUUCUACAACAGCGUGUCCAGUCCUAUGGCAGAGAGACUCAAGGAGAUGGGAAUAUCCGUGCGAGGAGACAUUGUUGCUGUGAACUCACCGGUGGAGCCACUUACAGAAAACAAGCACCUUAGCUCCAGUGAAUCGGAUGAAGAAGGUCCUGAGUUCCUACAGGUGACCAGGGUAGACCGGGAGAAUUUAGUGGCCAGCAUUGCUUUUCCUACCCAGAUCAAAGUAAAUGUGUGCAAUAGAGUUAACUUGGACAUCACUACUUUAAUAACCUAUGUCUCUGCUCUGAGCUACGGUGGCUGCUACUUCGUCUUCAAAGAAAAAGUGCUAACGGAGCAAGCAGCUCAAGAAAGGAGGGAGAGAGUCCUGCCUCAGCUGGAGGAGUUCAUGGAGGGGAAAGAGCUCUUUGCCUGUGAAUCUGCUGUCAGAGAUUUUCAGUCCAUCUUGGAAACGCUGGGAGGACCUGGGGAGAAAGAGCGAGCUGCCUUGCUUGUUAAAAGAAUUAACGUGGUGCCAGAUCAACCGUCUGACCGUGCCUUAGGACUAGUGGCUAGUUCAAAAAUCAACAGCCGUUCUCUAACCAUUUUUGGGACAGGAGACACUUUAAAAGCCAUCACCAUGACCGCAAAUAGCGGUUUUGUGAGGGCAGCAGCUAACCAAGGUGUCAGGUUCAGUGUUUUUGUCCAUCAGCCACGAGCAUUGACAGAAAGCAAAGAAUCUGUUGCCACACCUUUACCAAAGAGCUUCCUACCUGAUAAUGGACUGUAAGCCUUUAAAUGAGUUAGUCAUUGAAAAUAUUGCAGGUACUGCAGUGGAGGCAUUUGGAGAAACGGAAGAAUCAUAACAGUAGAUUUUUGGGUGUACAUCAGUGAAAACAGUAACUGUAGCAAUGGAAGGGGCUCCUCAAGGAAUUUGCAAUAUCUUUACUCAGUCCUUGGGUGGUUUUUGUUCAGCUGGACAUUAAUUUAUUCAUUAAGGUAAUAAGAUUUCAGUGAAAAUUGUUAACUGGCUUACAGUGUAUUAAUUGUAUCCAUCCCUAUUAAAAAGUUCAGUUAAAGCACAGUUGCCUUUGUGCCC